AUGCCGAAUCUCCCACUGGACAUAAUUAAGGAGAUCCUCUUAAGGUUACCCGUGAAGUCCCUGCUUCGAUUCAGGUGCGUUUCCCAAGAUUGGCGAUGUUUGAUUAGCGGUGAUUCUUUCUUCAUCUCUAUGUACCACAAUCGAUCUAUAGAGAAGAACCCUUCUUCUCUCAUCUUAAUUGAUACUAAAAACAACUUUUACACAGUAGUAGACAAUUCUUGUCAUAAACUCCUCUUUGAUGAAGAUGAUAUGCCUUUCUUCUUAACAACUUCUUCUUGUAAUAUCGAAUUGGGGGGGAAUAAUAAUGAUUACCGGCGGCGUAAUAUCAAAGUCGUGGAUUCGUGCAAUGGGUUGUUAUGUUUUACGUAUUCAAAAGGAAGGAUUAGUUACAGCGAUCUCAUAUACCUGUUGAAUCCAGCCACUCGAGAACUCAAGGAGCUUCCACCACAUCCAAAUUCAUAUUCUUCUCCCUUCUGUGAAAUAUUUUUUAAUUCUUUCGGUUCCACUCGGAUCGGAUUUGGGUUUGAUCCCAUGAGUAAAGACUACAAGGUCGUUAAGCUUGUAAACUGUAUUGAACAUGGCCAUGUCUGGGUGUACUCGUUGAAUUCCGAUAACUGGAGAAAACUUGGAGGAGACAUCCCAAUCCAAGUCCCAAAACAACUAUUUGUCCAUCCAAAAUCACGAAAAACGCCAGUGGUCAAUGCUGCUAUUCAUUGGAUGGUAUCUUCAGGGGAGAUAUACUUGUUUGAUCUAGUACAUGAGGUGUUUAGAGAGUUACCGCCGCCGCCAACUCCUGGAAAACGACGAGGUUACUCCAAAGAUAUUUUGGUGAUGGGAGGAUGCCUUUCUGUUUUCUUUGAUUGCGUUUUAAAAGAAAAUUCUACUGCUUACAAGAUUGAGAUUUGGAUGAUGAAGGAAUAUGGUGUCAAGGAGUCUUGGACUAAACAACUAAUCGUUUUCAAUUCUCACCCGUUUGAUUACUACUUUCCACUGGUAUAUGGUUGGGAGUGUACACCACUUGAAUUCUGGAACGAUGAUGAUCAAAUUCUAUUUGAGAAAAGUGGUGGUGGUAACCAACUAAUUUUGUACAACACCAGGACCAAGACCACAAAAUGGAAUCUUGGAAUUCGUGGACUUCCACAUGUGUUCACAGCAUUUACUCACGCCGAGACUCUUGUUAUGCUCAAUCAAGGGUGCAGGGAGUGGCCCGUAACUACAGAGGAGAAAGGAACCCUGGCCUGA